AGGAGCCCUCCUAGGCGCUGAGUCCCUGCAGCUGCAGCAUCCAGCCACCAACCCAGCUUCUGCUGACCACGAUGUCGGAAAAACCUAAGGUGUAUCAAGGUGUCCGGGUGAAGAUCACAGUGAAGGAGCUGCUGCAGCAGAGAAGGGCACACCAGGCAGCCUCGGGGGGAACCCUGUCCGGAGGCAACAAUGUCCACCUUUCAGACCCAGUCCCACCAUCUUCUGCAGGACAGUAUUUUGAGCCUGAACCAAUUCCUUCCACACCCAAUUAUAUCCAACCCCGAGAAUUAUCCAGUUGUGUUUCUUGUGAAGAAAAUCCAGGCUUCCUCGACCAGAUAUUUGAUUCCUACCUUCAGACAGAGACACACCCGGACCCUUCGCCCAAUUCCAUGCAAAGUACUCCACACUAUUUCCCAGACAGCUUCCAGGCUGCCCCUUUCUGCUUUAACCAGAGCCUGACCCCAGCAUGGCCUUCGGAUUCCUCCACUCUCUCUGGUUCCUUAGACUACAGUUACUCUCCUGUUCAGCUACCUUCAUAUACUCCAGAGAAUUACAACUCUCCCCCUUCUCUGGACACCAGAAACUGUGGCUACCCCUCGGAAGACUACUCCUACCCUCACCUGCCCUCACACACCCAGUACAACUGCUUCUCCUCUGCCACCGCCUCUGUCUGCUGCUGUGCAUCCUGCGAGGCGGAGGACUUGGACACCUUCAGAGCUUCAGAGUGUUUUUCUUACCCCGGAACAGACUAUGUGAACGUCACGCCCUCAGCAGCAUCAAGCAGUGAUUUCUGUAGGAGGGAAACAAACUGGGACAUCUGCUAUAGUUAA